GAAAUAGUAAAAAUCGAUGUGACAUGACAUAUUUGUUGUCAAUGUCACUGUGUGUCUGUGUGGUUUGUCGUGUGUUUUUCUUUAUCCUUAAUGUUUUUGUUCUUAACAUUGAAAUUGCAUUUAUUUUAUCGAUAAAUUGAUACCUAUUUUCCAUACAUGAUGAACAGCCCAGUGCAACAAUUGUAGACUGAAAGGAUAUUAGAACGUGAAGUAAUAUUAUGGGGACACAACCUUAUAAACACAUAGACAUAACGAACUGCUGACCAGUCGACAAAUAUUGGGUUUUAAUUCCAACAGUAAACAGUAAGUACAAUGCUGUAAUAUAAUGAACGGGUCUAGUAGCAUUGUUACUCACAACUCGGAGCAACAUCCAUCUGAUAAUGGAAUCACGCAAAAUGCAUCAGCGAUAAAUAUCGAUAAAAAUAAAAGCGGAGCUACAAGUUCAAAUGGAGGCACUGAGGAACUACUCGACCUCAAAGGUAAGGUUGAGUCCCGUCUCUUAUCCAUGUGGAAUAACGUGAAGUUUGGAUGGACUGUGAAAUUGAAAACCAGCUUUUCAAAAGAAUCGCCUGUAUGGCUUCUGGGCAGAUGCUAUCAUCGAAAACUUAGUCCGACUGGAUCAUUAGAAUCAUCUACUGAAAUUGGUAUGGAAGCAACAGCUAAUCAGCCAAUUGAACAGAUAUAUGGAGAGGGCAUAGAAGGCUUCAAAUCAGAUUUUAUUAGCAAAAUAUGGAUGACUUAUAGAAGGGAAUUCCCCACCAUGUCAGGCUCCUCAUUCACCACAGACUGUGGCUGGGGAUGCAUGCUACGAAGUGGACAGAUGUUGUUAGCCCAAGCUCUAGUGAGUCAUUUUCUUGGUCGUUCUUGGAGGUGGUAUCCUGAAAGGGCUAUACAAAAUGCCAGGGAAUUUCAAGAAGAUUGUUUACACCGCAUGAUAAUCAAAUGGUUUGGUGACAAAUCAUCAGUCAACAGUCCUCUAUCUAUUCAUCAGAUGGUGAGUUUAGGAGAGGCAUUAGGAAAGAAACCAGGAGACUGGUAUGGCCCUGCAUCAGUUGCUCACUGCUUGAAAGCAGUUAUGACAGCUGCUUCAAAAGAAAAUUAUGAAUUUGAUAAUUUGGAAGUUUAUGUUGCUCAAGAUUCAACUAUAUAUAUUCAAGAUGUUUAUACACUUUGUCGUCUACCAAAUGGUUCUUGGAAAUCCCUUAUUUUGUUAGUACCUGUAAAAUUGGGGUCUGAUAAAUUUAACCCCAUUUAUGGCCCCUGCCUUACAUCAUUACUUACAUUAGAUUUUUGUAUAGGAAUUAUUGGGGGACGACCCAAACAUUCAUUGUAUUUUGUGGGAUACCAAGAUGACAGAUUAAUUCACUUGGACCCUCAUUAUUGUCAAGAAAUGGUAGAUGUUUGGCAACCUAACUUUUCUUUACAGUCAUUUCAUUGUAGAUCACCAAGAAAAAUGCCGCUAAGUAAAAUGGACCCUUCUUGCUGCAUAGGGUUCUACCUGGCAACACAAAAUGAUUUGGAAACAUUUAUCAAUGUUAUACAAUCAUUCCUAGUCCCCCAGGGAGUGUCUGCUAACUUUGAAUAUCCUAUUUUCACUGUGAACAGUGGGUCGUGUAGUAAUGUUAUGAACUUUCCUAAUAUUAGGAACUCUAUUUAUGAAACAGAGCAAAACUGGGUAACACCAAAUAUCCAAGACAGUGAUACAGACAUUGAAUCAGAGGAAUUUGUGUUAGUGUGAAUGGAAAUAAAUCAAAAUCAUCAAUGUAUUGCAUUACCAAAAAUGUAUGUACUUUGUAUAAGUAGCUACUUAAAGAUCAUCACACAAAUUGUUAAUGUUGCUUAGAACAUUGUAUAAUAAAUCACUAUUAGGGUUCUCAUAUUGUUUUACCUACAGAUAUAAUAAAUGUGAAAUGAAAAUAAGCAUCCUUUAUGUACCAUGUAUAUUAUAAAAGACAAGAAAUUCAGCUUAAAUUGAAUGAUAAUAUUAGUAGUGUUUCAUGAUAAAUUAUAAAAACUUGUUCAUAGGAAAUUAUGGCCUGGGGAAUGUAUGUAUAAAUGUGUAAAAACUUACCCAUAAUGCUAUGUACAGCUAAUUUAGUUAGUAUAAUUUGCAAACUUGAUGCAAAAAUUUAUUGCAUUUCAAUAAAAGGGAAUAAUAAAAAUUCAUUAUUUUAUUUUACACA